GUAGUUCACGGUAUUGAGGGUGUGACAGUCAGUAAACGGUGUUGGAUGUGGGUUUUGAGUCUCCCUGCAACGUACAAUACUACACUUGUCAACCAGAACAGUAAGGAGAAGCAAGACAUGACACGAUUGAUGAUUGAUGUCAACUGCUUUUGAACAAACCUGCAACAAUUUGGACAUCAGCACUUCAGUGAUCAACGUGCUAAUGAUCAUAGGAAGAGCAGUGUGGCCAAUAAAGGAAUGGCAAUAACAAAGAAUGGGCUGAGUGUCCUUGUUCUCCUGGUGACAUGCUCUGUUUUGGAAACACGGGAAUUCCUUGAGAUUUCCAGCCUUUUUUCACAGGCAUUCAACACAGAGUACAACCCACAUCUGUCACAUGUUAGGGAAAAAAGAGCAGUAUUAUCCAAUCGAUGGAACUACAUAAUUGAAGUUGAAGUGAACGUGUCAGACAUCAAAACAAUAGAGCAAAUGAAGUCAGCUGUGAAUUCAACAAGUCUUCCCCUCACUAUCAACAACUCCACUGAAAUCUCUGACGUACACAUCACUACUGUGUGCUACCCAAAUGGUACUGGAUUCCAGUGCAGAUGUGAGGACCAGUAUCGUUGGUCAUAUAACAACUGUGUCACAUAUGGAUCCUGUGAUGACAUCACUGGUGAAACAUGUGGAUGUAUCAAUGCCAAUCCAGCUGAUGGACAGUACUGCCAGCCAUACACAAAACCUGUAACUCUUCUGGAGUACUUUGUGGAAGUUGAGGUCAAUGUCAAUGACUUAAAAGCCAUAGACGAACCGAAGAACCUUCUGAAAAACCUCAGUUUACCAUUCGCACUUAGUAGCAUGAUCAACAUCACUGAUCUCAACAUUACUACAGUUUGCUUCCCAAAUGGUACUGGAUUCCAGUGCAGAUGUGAGGACCAGUAUCGUUGGUCAUGUGACCAGUGUGUCUCUUUUGGGAAUUGUGAUGACAUCACAUCUGACACGUGUGGAUGUAUCAAUGCCAUUCCUCCAGAUGGACAGUACUGCCAGUCUGUUCACCACCAAAACUUUACAGCAUGUCCAACAACAACAGCCUCUCCUACAACAGUUCCAACAGUACCACCGACUCUCUAUGAGUACAUGAUUGAAAUUGAACUGAACACCACAGACGUUACAGUGAUAGAUCAACUGAGAGCCAUUCUGAGAAAUGCUAUUUACCCUGUCAGAAUCAAUAAUCUGAUACAAAUCACUGGUGUUAACAUGUCUACAGUUUGCUUCCCAAAUGGUACUGGAUUCCAGUGCAGAUGUGAGGACCAGUAUCGUUGGUCAUGUGACCAGUGUGUCUCUUAUGGGAAUUGUGAUGACAUCACAUCUGAAACGUGUGGAUGUAUCAAUGCCAUUCCUCCAGAUGGACAGUACUGCCAGUCGGUUCACCACCAAAACUUCACAGCAUGUCCAACAACAACAGCCUCUCCUACAACAACAACAAUCUCUCCUACAACAGAUCCAACAGUACCACCGACUCUCUAUGAGUACAUGAUUGAAAUUGAACUGAACACCACAGACGUUACAGUGAUAGAUCAACUGAGAGCCAUUCUGAGAAAUGCUAUUUACCCUGUCAGAAUCAAUAAUCUGACACAAAUCACUGGUGUUAACAUGUCUACAGUUUGCUUCCCAAAUGGUACUGGAUUCCAGUGCAGAUGUGAGGACCAGUAUCGUUGGUCAUGUGACCAGUGUGUCUCUUUUGGGAAUUGUGAUGACAUCACAUCUGACACGUGUGGAUGUAUCAAUGCCAUUCCUCCAGAUGGACAGUACUGCCAGUCUGUUCACCACCAAAACUUUACAGCAUGUCCAACAACAACAGCCUCUCCUACAACAGUUCCAACAGUACCACUGACUCUCUAUGAGUACAUGAUUGAAAUUGAACUGAACACCACAGACGUUACAGUGAUAGAUCAACUGAGAGCCAUUCUGAGAAAUGCUAUUUACCCUGUCAGAAUCAAUAAUCUGAUACAAAUCACAGGUGUUAACAUGUCUACAGUUUGCUUCCCAAAUGGUACUGGAUUCCAGUGCAGAUGUGAGGACCAGUAUCGUUGGUCAUGUGACCAGUGUGUCUCUUAUGGGAAUUGUGAUGACAUCACAUCUGAAACGUGUGGAUGUAUCAAUGCCAUUCCUCCAGAUGGACAGUACUGCCAGUCGGUUCACCACCAAAACUUUACAGCAUGUCCCACAACAACAGCCUCUCCUACAACAACAACAAUCUCUCCUACAACAGAUCCAACAGUACCACCGACUCUCUAUGAGUACAUGAUUGAAAUUGAACUGAACACCACAGACGUUACAGUGAUAGAUCAACUGAGAGCCAUUCUGAGAAAUGCUUUUACCCUACUUCAAUUUUGCUUCCCAAAUGGUACUGGAUUCCAGUGCAGAUGUGAGGACCAGUAUCGUUGGUCAUGUGACCAGUGUGUCUCUUUUGGGAAUUGUGAUGACAUCACAUCUGACACGUGUGGAUGUAUCAAUGCCAUUCCUCCAGAUGGACAGUACUGCCAGUCUGUUCACCACCAAAACUUUACAGCAUGUCCAACAACAACAGCCUCUCCUACAACAGUUCCAACAGUACCACUGACUCUCUAUGAGUACAUGAUUGAAAUUGAACUGAACACCACAGACGUUACAGUGAUAGAUCAACUGAGAGCCAUUCUGAGAAAUGCUAUUUACCCUGUCAGAAUCAAUAAUCUGAUACAAAUCACAGGUGUUAACAUGUCUACAGUUUGCUUCCCAAAUGGUACUGGAUUCCAGUGCAGAUGUGAGGACCAGUAUCGUUGGUCAUGUGACCAGUGUGUCUCUUAUGGGAAUUGUGAUGACAUCACAUCUGAAACGUGUGGAUGUAUCAAUGCCAUUCCUCCAGAUGGACAGUACUGCCAGUCGGUUCACCACCAAAACUUUACAGCAUGUCCCACAACAACAGCCUCUCCUACAACAACAACAAUCUCUCCUACAACAGAUCCAACAGUACCACCGACUCUCUAUGAGUACAUGAUUGAAAUUGAACUGAACACCACAGACGUUACAGUGAUAGAUCAACUGAGAGCCAUUCUGAGAAAUGCUAUUUACCCUGUCAGAAUCAAUAAUCUGACACAAAUCACUGGUGUUAACAUGUCUACAGUUUGCUUCCCAAAUGGUACUGGAUUCCAGUGCAGAUGUGAGGACCAGUAUCGUUGGUCAUGUGACCAGUGUGUCUCUUUUGGGAAUUGUGAUGACAUCACAUCUGACACGUGUGGAUGUAUCAAUGCCAUUCCUCCAGAUGGACAGUACUGCCAGUCUGUUCACCACCAAAACUUUACAGCAUGUCCAACAACAACAGCCUCUCCUACAACAGUUCCAACAGUACCACUGACUCUCUAUGAGUACAUGAUUGAAAUUGAACUGAACACCACAGACGUUACAGUGAUAGAUCAACUGAGAGCCAUUCUGAGAAAUGCUAUUUACCCUGUCAGAAUCAAUAAUCUGAUACAAAUCACAGGUGUUAACAUGUCUACAGUUUGCUUCCCAAAUGGUACUGGAUUCCAGUGCAGAUGUGAGGACCAGUAUCGUUGGUCAUGUGACCAGUGUGUCUCUUAUGGGAAAUGUGAUGACAUCACAUCUGACACGUGUGGAUGUAUCAAUGCCAUUCCUCCAGAUGGACAGUACUGCCAGUCUGUUCACCACCAAAACUUUACAGCAUGUCCCACAACAACAGCCUCUCCUACAACAACAACAAUCUCUCCUACAACAGUUACAACAGUACCACCGACUCUCUAUGAGUACAUGAUUGAAAUUGAACUGAACACCACAGACGUUACAGUGAUAGAUCAACUGAGAGCCAUUCUGAGAAAUGCUAUUUACCCUGUCAGAAUCAAUAAUCUGAUACAAAUCACUGGUGUUAACAUGUCUACAGUUUGCUUCCCAAAUGGUACUGGAUUCCAGUGCAGAUGUGAGGACCAGUAUCGUUGGUCAUGUGACCAGUGUGUCUCUUAUGGGAAAUGUGAUGACAUCACAUCUGACACGUGUGGAUGUAUCAAUGCCAUUCCUCCAGAUGGACAGUACUGCCAGUCUGUUCACCACCAAAACUUCACAGCAUGUCCAACAACAACAGCCUCUCCUACAACAGACUCUACAUCACCUGAGGCCAGCACUACAGAACAAAUUACUACAGUUGAUAACACAACACAACUGAUCACAGUUACCAACUCUACAACACCUGAGGCCAGCACUACAGAACAAAUAACUACAGUUGAUAACACAACACAACUGAUCACAGUUACCAUUCCAACAGUACCACUGACUCUCUAUGAGUACAUGAUUGAAAUUGAACUGAACACCACAGACGUUACAGUGAUAGAUCAACUGAGAGCCAUUCUGAGAAAUGCUAUUUACCCUGUCAGAAUCAAUAAUCUGACACAAAUCACUGGUGUUAACAUGUCUACAGUUUGCUUCUCAAAUGGUACUGGAUUCCAGUGCAGAUGUGAGGACCAGUAUCGUUGGUCAUGUGACCAGUGUGUCUCUUAUGGGAAAUGUGAUGACAUCACAUCUGACACGUGUGGAUGUAUCAAUGCCAUUCCUCCAGAUGGACAGUACUGCCAGUCUGUUCACCACCAAAACUUCACAGCAUGUCCAACAACAACAGCCUCUCCUACAACAGACUCUACAACACCUGAGGCCAGCACUACAGAACAAAUUACUACAGUUGAUAACACAACACAACUGAUCACAGUUACCAACUCUACAACACCUGUGGCUAGCACUACAGAACAAAUAACUACAGUUAAUAACACAACACAACUGAUCACAGUUACCAUUCCAACAGUACCACUGACUCUCUAUGAGUACAUGAUUGAAAUUGAACUGAACACCACAGACGUUACAGUGAUAGAUCAACUGAGAGCCAUUCUGAGAAAUGCUAUUUACCCUGUCAGAAUCAAUAAUCUGAUACAAAUCACUGGUGUUAACAUGUCUACAGUUUGCUUCCCAAAUGGUACUGGAUUCCAGUGCAGAUGUGAGGACCAGUAUCGUUGGUCAUGUGACCAGUGUGUCUCUUAUGGGAAAUGUGAUGACAUCACAUCUGACACGUGUGGAUGUAUCAAUGCCAUUCCUCCAGAUGGACAGUACUGCCAGUCUGUUCACCACCAAAACUUCACAGCAUGUCCAACAACAACAGCCUCUCCUACAACAGACUCUACAACACCUGAGGCCAGCACUACAGAACAAAUUACUACAGUUGAUAACACAACCCAACUGAUCACAGCUACCAACUCUACAACACCUGAGGCCAGCACUACAGAACAAAUAACUACAGUUGAUAACACAACACAACUGAUCACAGUUACCAACUCUACAACACCCGAGGACAGCACUACAGAACAAAUUACUACAGCUGACCCCACAACACAACUGACCACAGUUACCAACUCUACAACACCCGAGGACAGCACUACAGAACAAAUUACUACAGCUGACCCCACAACACAACUGCCCACAGUUACCAACUCUACAACACCUGAGGUCAGCACUACAGAACAAAUAACUACAGUUGAUAACACAACACAACUGAUCACAGUUACCAACUCUACAACACCUGAGGACGGCACUACAGAACAAAUAACCACAGUUGAUAACACAACACAACUGAUCACAGUUACCAACUCUACAACACCCGAGGACAGCACUACAGAACAAAUUACUACAGCUGACCCCACAACACAACUGCCCACAGUUACCAACUCUACAACACCUGAGGCCAGCGCUACAGAACAAAUAACUACAGUUGAUAACACAACACAACUGAUCACAGUUACCAACUCUACAACACCUGAGGCCAGCACUAAAGAACAAAUAACCACAGUUGAUAACACAACACAACUGAUCACAGUUACCAAGGCCAGCACUACAGAACAAAGUACUACACCUGAUCCCACAACACAACUGACCACAGUUACCAACUCUACAACACCCGAGGCCAGCACUAAAGAACAAAUAACCACAGUUGAUAACACAACACAACUGAUCACAGUUACCAAGGCCAGCACUACAGAACAAAGUACUACACCUGAUCCCACAACACAACUGACCACAGUUACCAACUCUACAACACCCGAGGCCAGCACUAAAGAACAAAUAACCACAGUUGAUAACACAACACAACUGAUCACAGUUACCAAGGCCAGCACUACAGAACAAAGUACUACACUUGAUCCCACAACACAACUGACCACAGUUACCAACUCUACAACACCCGAGGCCAGCACUAAAGAACAAAUAACCACAGUUGAUAACACAACACAACUGAUCACAGUUACCAAGGCCAGCACUACAGAACAAAGUACUACACUUGAUCCCACAACACAACUGACCACAGUUACCAACUCUACAACACCCGAGGCCAGCACUACAGAACAAAUAACUACAGUUGAUAACACAACACAACUGAUCACAGUUACCAAAUCUACUACACCUGAGGCCAGCACUAGAGAACAAAUAACUACAGUUGAUAACACAACACAACUGACCACAGUUACCAACUCUACGACACCUGAGGCCAGCACUACAGAACAAAUGACCAAAGUUACCAACUCUACAACAACUCCCCCCACAACAGGACAAAGUACUACAGCUGACCCCACAACACAACUGACCACAGUUACCAACUUUACUACACCUGCAGCUACAACAAAUCAGACCACUACAGUUGACCCCACAACACAACCGACCACAGACACUGGAACUACAGUAACUACUGAACCACCACUAGCAACUACAAAAACGACACCACCAACAACAAUACCACCAACAACAACAAUACCACCAACAACAACAAUACCACCACCACCAACAACACCACCACCAACUACAAAACCAGCUGAUAUUCUGUUGCUGGCGAUGUCCUUCAAAAUGAAUGAAGAGUUCACCAACGAACUAAAUGAUAAAAAUAGUGUCAAAUACCAAAAGUACAAAGGCGAUAUUGAACCAGUUAUCCAGGCCCAGUAUAGGAAGAACAUGCCAGGGUUUAUUUCAGCAACAUUGACAAGUUUCAGCCGUGGAAGUGUUAUAGCCAACUUUGAUGUUAGGACCACAGCUGCAGAUCCCACUGCAAUUAACAAAGCUAAUGCUGGACUUGCAACAUCACUUCCAGCUUUGUAUCAAGUUGAUAUUAGCUCUUUCAAUAUUAUUUAUAGCAGUAGCACAGUAUUAAGGUAUAAACCAACUACCAUUUACACUGAUGGCACCAUGACUCUGGAGUGUGGACCACCUCCUGAUACUGUAAAGAUGGGUACUAUUAAAAGCGUUGAGUGGAAACGAAAGGGAAGAGUUUUAACAUCGACUGGAAGGUUCACCAUCAAUACAGAUGAUUUUGCAUCAAAAAAGACAACACUUGGUAUCAAAAAUGUAAUUGCUGAUGAUAAAGGGGAAUAUGAAUGCACUCUGAAGAGUGACGAAAUCUAUUUCUACCAAAGGGGUCAAAUUGACAUCAAAGAUGCUCCCAUUAUUCAAACGAAGACAGAAAUCAAUACCCAUUGUUCGGCGGGGAAUAGUCAGCCAUUGGAGUGUUGUGUGCAGACUCCCUAUAAACUAAUGUGGAAAGAAGGCGAUGUAGAAUUGCCCACAAAUGAGACUCCUGACAAUUGCAUUAAAUAUAACUAUCAAAUUCAAAACUGUGAUGUAUCAUCCAAAGUUGUCACAUUAACAUGCCAAGUGAAAGACCCAACAGGAUAUGAAAAGACUACAAAAUUGACUAUUUUCGUAGGAGAUAUAAUUUGCUACGAUCAGGAAUAUGGUAGUGGCCAAGAGAAAGACACAUCAGUGGCACUAUGUAAGAAAGGUGAGGAUGGAAGAAAGACAGCGAUUUGUAAAAGUGGACAUUGGAUACCUCAGACUGACACUUGUGUCUUGACUGCAAUCAAUGAGCUACUGAUCUCAUCUCAGGACUUGAAAGAGGCAACAGUUGAAGAAUUUUUAACAAAACUUAAUAAUACCGCUGUUGAUCUAAAAGAGAAAAUCGUUAGUUCAAGUGCAACUAUUUCGACCAUUGUUGAUAUUCUGAGAAUUGUUGCAAGCGUUUCAAAGAAUAUCAGCCAGUCUGAGAUAAAGAACAUUCUAGAAACAGUGAAUGUCCUAGUUUCUGAUGAAGCAAAAGAAUCCUGGGUCUUUCUCAAUGCCGACCAAAAUAAGAACACCAGCUCUAGUUUACUGGGCUCCAUGGAAUUUUUUGCAGGUUCUCUCCCAACGACGUCCUUUAAUGUGACAACAAAUCUAAUUCAGUUAAACCAAGACACAUUUGACAACUCAUUCAGCACAAACUUAAGUUCAAGUGUGUUAAUAGAGAUUCCAGAGACUAAUUCCAAUCACCUCACCAUCACCACUCUAACGUUCCGCACCCUCAGAAAUGUGUUACCUGCCAGGAAUGGCAGCAACCAAAGUGCCAAUGACAACACCAUCAAUGGUGUUGUAGUGAUGGUGAAGUUGAAUGGAACGACUAAAAAUGUCUCAUUGAGCUUCGACAAGUUGAACAAGUCGCUCACAUUCAAUCCUCAGUGUGUUUUCUGGAACUUCAGCCUUUUUAACAGCCUUGGAGGAUGGGAUGACACAGGAUGUAAACUGAAGUCUAAUGAGAAGGGCAAGGUCACCUGUCACUGUAACCAUCUGACCUCCUUCUCCAUUUUGAUGUCAACUUCCAUUCCGAAAGAGAUUCAAGAUGCUUUGGAUAUAAUCACUUAUGUUGGAGUUGGCAUAUCGAUGGGUAGCUUAGUCAUUUGUCUCAUCAUUGAGGCUUGUGUAUGGAAGGCCAUGACCAGAAACAACACCUCUUACAUGCGCCAUGUCUCCAUUGUGAACAUCGCUGUGUCUCUCCUGAUUGCCGACAUUUGGUUCAUUAUUGGUGCAUCAAUAUCAAAAAAUACCCUUGAAAACCCAGGCGAAGACACCACAACACCUAUACCGGCAUGUACUGCAGCUACGUUUUUCAUUCACUUUUUCUACCUUGCUCUGUUCUUUUGGAUGCUGAUCUCAGGCCUUCUCCUUUUCUACCGGACCAUCUUGGUUUUCUCCCAUAUGUCAAAAUCAACUAUGCUGGCUAUUGGCUUCUCAGUAGGCUAUGGGGCACCUCUUAUCAUUGCUGUUGUUACUGUGGCAGCAACAGCUCCUAGUGGUGGAUACAUCAAGGAAAACCAGGCAUGUUGGCUCAACUGGGACAAGACAAUGGCUCUCCUUGCUUUUGUGAUCCCUGCCCUGACCAUAGUGGUCAUCAACUUUUUGAUCCUGAUUGUGGUUCUGUACAAAAUGCUGAGGAGAGGGGUGGGGGAUGCUACCCAGCCAGAUGAGAGAAAUGCUGUUGUGGUCAUUGCCAGGUGUCUGGCCAUUCUGACUCCAUUCUUUGGCCUUACCUGGGGACUGGGAGUAGGAACCAUGGUUGAUCCAACAAAUAAGGGAAUCCAUGUUGUAUUUGCCCUCUUCAAUUCACUACAGGGUUUCUUUGUUUUGGUGUUUGGAACACUUUUAGACGGCAAGAUCCGGUCAGCUAUAGUAGGAACGUUCUCUUCCAUCCUCCCAGGCUCUGACCGUACGAGGAGUACUAGUGGUGGCGCGGCAACAUCAUCAACCAGUGCAUUAAACUUCAUCCGAAGAAGGAUAAGGAGGAAUGUCUACAAUGUUUCGGAAGUUGCAAAUUCUUCCAACAGCACUGGUGCUACAGAGUCUUUCAUCAACACCUAAAAGUACCCAAUGGUCAUACUUGAGUUAAAGUAUAGAUACCUUAAUAUGAAGUUACUGAAGUAAAAGUCACUCAGUGAAAAACUAUUUGAGUAAAUUGAUUUGUUUUUAAAUAUACUUAAGUAUCAAAAGUAAAUGUAAUUUAUAAAAAAUACUUACGUAAGUAUCAAAA